AUGCAUAUUUUGGUGAAGGAAAGUGGUUUCUGUUUUCUGUCUCUUCAGACCCAUAAAGAGAAGCCCAUCCUCAACACCUUUGUGGUAUCGGCCAGCGUGACCAACGGCAGCUCCCCAAUCAAAGACCUUCCUGAAGACGUUACCAUCAUGCUGCACCAUUUACAGCCCAACAGAGAUGUCUCCAGGACUCAGCUGGACCCGGCUAACGAGCAGAUCCUGACCAUUAUCACCUAUGCUGGUUGUGGAGUCUCAUCUCUGUUCUUAGGAAUCACCCUUCUCACAUAUAUGGCCUUUGAAAAGCUUCGUAGAGAUUACCCCUCUCAGAUCCUCAUAAACCUCUCUUUGGCCCUGCUGGGGUUGAAUCUGGUCUUUCUGCUCAACUCCUGGUUGUCUUCCUGGGGUCUGUAUGGCCUCUGUGUGGCAGCAGCAUCCAUGCUGCACUACUUCCUCCUGGCAUCCUUCACCUGGAUGGGGUUAGAGGCCAUCAACAUGUAUUUUGCCCUUGUCAAAGUCUUCAACGUCUAUGUCCCCUCCUAUAUCCUCAAGUUCUGUGCUCUUGGAUGGGGGAUUCCUCUGGUAAUCUGCGUCACGGUUCUCAUUGUAAAUCGCGAUGCAUACGGCGGCCAACUCUACACAGAUGCUGAUUCAACUUUCAAGCCUUUGGACAACUCCGACACCUUCUGCUGGCUUCAGGAUGAUGUGACAUUCUUUGUGUCUGUGGUUGCCUACGCUGGGCUGAUUUGUCUCUUCAACAUUGGGGUUUUUGUCGUAGUACUGAUUCAGAUUCGCCGUAUGCGUUUCAACAGCCCAGCAGGGACCCGGAGAGGGCUUCUUCAGGACCUGAAGGGUGUAGCUAGCCUCACCUUUUUACUUGGACUAACGUGGACUGUAGGCUUCUUCACCUGGGGACCAGCAAGAGUAGUUCUGCUUUACCUGUUCUCUGGGUUGAACACAUUGCAAGGGCUUUUUGUCUUCCUGUUCCACUGUCUGUUAAAGGAGAACGUGAGGAAACAGUGGAGGGCCUAUCUCUGUUUUGGACGAUUUCGCCUUGACGAGAACUCUGAGUGGAGCAAUUCAGCAUCUGUUAGAGUCCUCGCAAAGCCAAAAGAAAAACGUUUAAGAGCAGCAGUACCAUCAGUUCGUUCUGUCAAUUCCAACUCCACAGAGAGCACGUCAGCUUCUUCUGACUCCAGCCAGAGAGACUCAUUCUGCAAGAGGCCAAACCUUGAUCUUUUUGUGAACAGCGUGGUUCUUCCUCGAGCUCAGACCGGAGCCACGGAUACACAAGCUCUGUCGUUCUACAAGGAGAUGAAUCUGACAUCUGGCUAAACGUCCAACCAUGAUAAUUUAACAAUACCAAUGUGCUGACCUCCACAUGUCCCAUUAUAUUAAAGCAGCUUAAUUUUUCUGCCUUUCAGCAGAAGGCUGACAGAUUUCUUAGUAAAAGCAAUGCACACAGCUUCAUCAGCUAAGUUUUCAACACACUUCUAUUGCUGGUUUUGUUUCCGGAAAAUAUUGUACCUGUACCUGUAAUUUUAACGAGUCGAGCAAAUGAACCAACACCAAGGAGGAGUUGGUUGCCAAGCAACUGGUGAGCGGUGCAAUGGUGACAAUAAAUUGAGGAACAUUUUGUGUAAAAGAAUAAAAUACCAAAUUUAACAUUACAGGUUCAGCUCUUUAUGAAUAUUGUUCAAUUUUGAUCAUUUUGUCACAUUUAUGUAAGAAAUAUUUAAGAUGUUUACAGCCUCUUUGUUCUAGAAAAUCUGGCAAUUUUUGUUUGAGCUGCUUGAUGGUUUUAGUCACUUCCUUGAAUGAAGCCCCCUUUGCCUGCUCACUUUCAUGAUUUCACAGCUUUAAGCCGUUUCUAGCUGCUAUCGCUGCCGAUAUAUUUAUCUAUAUGUUGCUAGUAUUUUGUGAUGUGUACAAGCAAAUCAGUAAUUAGUGAUAAAUCCAAUUAA